ACGAUAUUUUAUGUCUUAACAUUGGCGUUCUUAAGGUCCGAGGUUGCUCUGUCCCAGUGGCGGAGGCAGGAUAAUUAAUCAUAGGGGCAAAAUAUUUUUUAAAUAGAAAACUGCAUAAAUACUAGUGGACUUCAUUUGAAUUCAAAUGUGAUAGGGGUCAAAAAUGUUAUUUGAUCGGGGUCAUCUUUAAAAAAUGGUAAAGCUUAAAGUAUAUUUUCGUGUGGGUCAAUUGACCCCCUCCCUAAUAAGCUGCCUCCACCACUGCUCUGUCCACCUGUGAGCAAGCUUAGAAAGUUAAGAUUAAAACUGACGAAUUCAGAGAAAUGGAAGGAACAUGGCCGGUGUUUAAUCUUCUACCUUUGUGUCGACUUUAUGAUCCAUUAAAGGAACUUGCCUAUCCAAGUUACUGCAUGUGUCAGUGCCUUCGUGACAUGGAUCAUUAGCUCAAGUACUGAAUAAGGAAGUGUUUGUGUUAAGAGAUGCACUUGUAUCAGACGCCGUGUUCUUAGUACCCCUUUUUCUUUAAACACCAAAACAGCCAAACUUAGUAACUGAUACUACCACCUCCGGUAGCUAUUCUAACUUGUAACUUUCACCAAAUUGGUUAAACAAGCUCACCGAAGAGAAACUGGCCGGAAUCACAAAGAUCUUCUAAAUUAGUAGUAUUAUCAUUAUGGUUUAUACUUAAAAGUAUUAUAACUGACGCAUCAUAGUUAUAGUUAUAGUUUACCAAUCGACACAGGGGUAGAGAUUUGGUAGAGUUAGCCUAGGUAGAGUAGUACCCUUGGCAAUUAUUCUGUGUCAGCCGUUGAAACUCUCAAUUACUUCCACAUCUUCUAUUGCUUUAAAAAAAAAAGGUUUCUGCUUCUGUUAUUAUCUUCUUUUCUACAAAAAAAAAGUGAAUUCAUUUUGGAUUUUUCCAUAAUCUCCAAAGUAUCUAGAAAGGAAAGAUUUGUAUGUCAUCUGAUAUAUUUUAAUAAUUGGUUAUAUGAACUACUAAUCUGAGUUUAUUAUCUAAAGAAACAUUUUCGGCUGAAAAGUUAGCUAGUUGCCACACUCAUUUGGCAUUAAGGGCAUGUAAAAAAGACACAUGUGAACUACCAGAAGGGAUCCAUCCACAUCCAUUCCUAUAUUAUAUAUUACUUGUAUUGGAUUAGUUAGACCUCAUAUUUUUAUUUAGAAUUCAAGAGUUUUCUAUAAUUUGGUUGAAUAUUCGUAUUAUUCUAUGGAUUUUGGUUUCGAGUAAGUCGGAUGUUGCAUCCUUUCCCCUUCCUUGUCUCGAGAGACAGAUAAUAAUUUGAUGUAGAUACACGGUUGACCAAUUGUAAAUAAACAAAUGUACUCAUAAUAAAUUAACUAUAGAUUGAAAUUGAAUCAUAUAUGGAGAUCAUGUGCAGAAAAUAUACUUUAAGAUCAGAAAAUAACAGAAAUGGUGUCCCAUGAUUAGGCCAUAUCCAAUUUAGUAUGCAAGUAUAUUAUUUUGGGAAUAUUGUUGGUAAAUAGUUUUCUAAAUAUUAUUAGUAAAUAGAUUUGAUUUGAAUAUUUUAUUCAUUUUCAGGGAUUGCUGCAUGGGAUGAUAGGUAAGAAUCAAAUGGAGUAUAUACAUUGAAUAUCCUCUGUUUUACAUAUAGAUUUUUUUUUUCACAUAUAUUAAGAAGAUAUAUUAUUUUAUCUCAAAUGAAUCAUUUAUGUGAUUUUCAAUUUUCAGUCAAACUAAAAUAAUAAUUCAAUUAUUUUAUAUGUAUUUAAAUAAUAUUAGCAUUAAAAUAAUAACCUUUUAUAAAAACUUACAUGAAACAAAUAUUUUAAGCAUUUAUCUUAAUAAAACGAAAAUACUUGUUUAAAAUGCUAAUCAGGGAAAAAAAGAAUAUAAUCCAAUGCUGUUUAUAAUUUAUGAUUAAAGAUAGACUGAGUUCAGCAAAAAAAAAAAGAUAGACAGAGGACAAAAGUUUUUUGUUUUUUGCAACUUUUUUUAAGACAAAAGUUAUUAUGUAAAUGUAUUUUUUUUUCACUGUGUGAUUAAAUUUGGAAAUUUUCUUGUUCUACCUGAGCUACUUUGUAAUUGGUAAAUCAAUAUAACCAUUUAUUAAUGUAAAAGAAAAAGAACCUUUGUUGAAUUCUGUGAAUUGUUCAGAGACAAGAUGCUUGGAUGUUUUCUAACUGUUAAAUAGUUCCAGUUGCAUUUAAAAUAGGGAAGAAGUACAUAGAUAAUAUAGAAAAGUACAGCAAAGUCGAUAAUGCUAACCCUAGUCAAAUUAAUUACUUCAAUUUUUAAAAAUGUUGCAGGGCCGUACCAAAUAUAAGCUUUUUAGCUGAAAGACGGACAAUAUCUGGAAAGUGUUUGAUCGGUCGGAACCCAGAAAAGAGGAAAAUUAAAUUUCUGAUUUUGAAUCCUUUUGAGUUCAGUGAUGGAUGGUAGAGAUAAAGCUAGCGAAGAAGAACAACAUGGCGUCUAUCUCCAACCUCCACCGCAAAGGGAUGGAGACUCAGAGGAAGAGCUAUCACGAGGCAGAGACCUUCAGGUGUUGGAUUUGCUACCAGCAACAACAACACCUGAAGAUACUGGAGAUGAUCUUUUCAGUUAUAACACAUCCUUAACAUCAAGCCCUGUUGCUAAAAAAGUCAACUUUUCUACAUUGUCCAGCCCUAGAAUCGGUGGUCCAUCCCUCAGCCCUUCCUCUUCAAGAAACUUUACUAAUAAUAGCCUCAAGAAUCUCAUCCCAAAGCCAAACAAGAUCAAUGAGGUGGAUAUCGAGAAAGCUGCUGGUUUGGCCUUGGCUUCCUCAGGCAGAGACAGGUCAUCAACUUGGAGUCUAUCUAAUAUUUUUACUCCAAGGAGGAACAAAACUGAGUCCUUGCCUGUAACCCCUAUAGUUCACUCCAACCCUGGGUCCACGCACGGUGGAUACGUGGCUGAUCCGGUUACUUCCAUGAAGAAGGGUCCUCCACUGCCUUUUCACCGAUCACGCUCUGUUCCAGCAUUCAACAAAGAUGGAAGUCUUAGGCAAUCAGGUGUUUUCCGAGUCAUUCCCACUCCAAACAUGUCGCCAACUAGAAGUCUUUAUAAACGUAACGACACGGGUGUUGAUGGAGGAGAAGAUGUUCCCGAGGAAGAAGCUGUGUGCAGAAUCUGCCUUGUCGAAUUGGGAGAAGAUUCAGAAGCCUUCAAGAUGGAAUGUAUGUGUAGAGGUGAACUUGCUCUUGCACACAAAGAAUGUACAAUCAAAUGGUUCACCAUCAAAGGAAACCGAACGUGUGAUGUGUGCAAGCAAGAGGUUCAGAAUCUCCCUGUGACUCUUCUCCGCAUGCAAGAUUCUCAGGGUGGGGCUACUGAGACUUCUCACUACAGUGUAUGGCAGGAUGUUCCAGUUCUUGUCAUUGUAAGCAUGCUUGCAUACUUCUGUUUCCUCGAGCAGCUUCUGCAUACUAAAAUGAAAUCCAGCGCCAUUGCAGUAGCUUUACCGUUCUCUUGUAUUCUAGGUCUUCUUGCCUCGAUGACUUCAACAACAAUGGUGGAGAAGCAAUAUGUUUGGGUUUACGGCACAGUUCAGUUCGGUUUUAUAGUUUGUUUCUCUCACAUUUUCUUCGAAUUGGUUCACAUGCAGCCGGUUGUGUCAAUUGUCUUGGCCACAUUGGUUGGGUUCGGACUCACCAUGAGCGGCACAACUGGUCUAGUCGAGUUUUUAAAAUGGAGGAGAAGGCAGAGGAGAGCUGAACCUCCAAGCGGUAGUCAGGAGGAUCCACCAUCAGUUCAGACAGAUCAGAGCAUCUCUGUAUCAUGAAACUGAAGCCGAAGCUCCUGAAUACUUUGAUCAUAUGUUCCAGUAGCAGUGUAUGGUAUCAAAUCAAACCAUUUCGAGUCUAGCGUUCUGGACAUGUGGAUUAAGUAAUGAUACUUUGGAAGAGUUUAAAGGCUUGUAUUUUGGGUGCUCUCUUAUUCUUCUGUGUGAAUGUGAGUGUAGAUAGUCUGGUGUGCUCUAAAAGGGUACUUUCCUUGUACAAAAAGUAAUUAUGAGAUCCAAUGUAAAAGCUUAUUGGCUCUUAUUUAGCUUUUCAAUAGUGAAUUUACAUGAUGUCAAAAUCUCCAAGUUGAUAGUUCUCUUUGUCGUGGGUCUUCUUGACAUUCUCAUACACAAGCAGAUAUAGCACAUAGCAAACGACUAGCUUGACUAGCAAACGGCUAGCUUGACGGCACAUUGACAGGGACAACGAAUGAAUGGAAUUACAUAAAUUUGGUAAAUUUAACAAGGUUAUAUAUAUUCAUCAUGUAAUGGACAUGAACAACAUGGAAACAACUCGACAGAAGAAACAACUUGAACAGUCUUGACACUAAGAAGAAACUCCCGUUGAAAGA